UAUACCCUGUCUGUGUGUCUGAUUUCUCUCAAGCCACUCGGUAAAGAUAUCUAUAUAAUUUGGAACCCCCAAGGUAUAGAAUUAAUCAGAAAUUCUCCGACAACCUGUACGAAGCUGGUAAUAUAUGUUACUCAUUCCUGUUAUAGACCUGUUUCUUACUUUUGUCCCUCACUGAUCCUCUUGUCCUCAAGCUUUGUAGCACAAUAAGGACCCAGUGUUUACAGAGCCAAAGAGGACAGAAUUUGUCUAAGUAAAGUAUUCUUUUUUAUCCUGUUUGUUAAGUCAAGAACUUCACAAAGACCACUCCAGAUCAGCAGAAGGAAGAGAGUGAAGACCCUCUACGCGCAGCAAUGGGAGAACUUGAGACCGUCUUAUUUGCUCUUGCUGGGGACUUUUCCGUAAGAGUUGGGCUGCCCCCUAAGAACCGUAUGGAUAGUUAUUACAAUAGGGCAGCUAGUUUUGGCAAGCUAAAUGAUGCCAGCAAAGUUCUCUUUAACCCAAAAGGGGAGCUGUAUGUGGUUCGUGGAGGUGAUCUGUAUACAGGGCACAUGCCAUCAAGAGCUGUUGAAGACUGGUAUUCUGCUGCUAACAGAGUUGGAAAAGGUGAUUGGAGCAAGUUCAAAUUCCUGUUCUUCCACCCCGAUGGCACUCUGUAUGGAGCUACCCAUGCUGGGGAGUUCUACAAGGGUCCAGUACCAACUAAUGAAAACGUCUCCUGGCUUUAUGGCCAGACUACAAUGAUAGGAACCUGCAACUGGAAUAGGUUUGAUGCUCUUUUCUUUGACGCUGAUGGCAUCAUGUAUGGAGUCACUGACACAGACAAGCUCCUGAAAAGAAGCCCACCUACUUAUCCCGAAGAUGAAUGGAUGUCCACAAGCACAACCAUUGGUGAUGGUGGAUGGUCAAGGCUCACCCAUUUCAUGGGUUUCAGCCCUGACCGAAUGCUGUGGUGUGUGGAUAAAUAUAAUGGAAAUAUCUAUAAAGGUCCACCUCCAACUAAAGAAGAUACAGGAUAUUUGAAAAAAGCAGAACAAUUGGGAUGGGAUUACAAUAAGUUUAGAGUGUUUUGCUUUACAAAAGACAAAACAAUCCAGAGUAUGCUCAGCUUCGAGUUCUUAAUUGAUUCAGGUAGAAUCACAUCAGAAUCUGUUGAAGUGGUGAAAAAACAAAUAUAUGACAAUAGGGGAAGCAGCACACCGCUUUACUAUUCAUUUGUGAUAACCGCCCAAUAUGUUUCUAUAUGUGCCAGAUUCAACAAAACCAUGAAGGAGACAAGUGAAUUUACCCACUCACAUGGCUUCAACUUCGAAAUGGGCACUGAACUCACUUUUAAAACUGGCAUCCCAGGUAUGGAGGAAGGAGGUACAAAGAUUACCAUGAAUUUCAGCACGACCCACAACUGGAGCUUCACCACGACCAACGAAACAGAGACUUCGUUUUCUUCAAGUACUGAGGUGGAGUUGGAAGGUGGGAAAGCGAUCCGUGUAGUGGCUUCGGUGAAGAAAGCUGAGAUGGAUGUGCCGUACCGCGCCAGAGUCCGCACCCUCUUUGGUUAUGAAACCACCAUCGAAGGCGUGUGGAAAGGCGUUUCCCAUUACGAUCUCGUGGUCAAACAGGAAGACUAUUCUGGAUAAAUCACAAUUUCUGCGUUUGCUGUGUGGGACCUCCAUCCGCUGAAGUUUUCAUACUUUCUAUCAGAAAACAAAAAGCUUUAUAUUCAGGUAUAAUCACUAAAAAAAGAGUUAACUCAUCUCUGAUAUACACUGAAU